AUGGCUGCUGCUGGGUAUUCCGACCAGAAUCUUUCUGAUGUAGCCACUUGCUCCAUCUGCAUGGAAUAUUUUAAGGAUCCAAUGAUCAUCCCAGAAUGUGGGCACAACUUCUGCCGGUCCUGUUUGGUCCAGUGCUGGGGGGAAUCGGAGGUAGAGGUUUCCUGCCCUCAGUGCAGAGAAACAGUCCAGCAAAAUAAUCUCAUCCCCAACCGGCAACUGGCAAACCUCUUACAAUUAAUUAAGAAUCUCAGCGUUCAAGGAAGGAAAGAAGAAGAAAGAAAAGGAGGAGUCUGUGAGGAGCAUCAGGAACCCCUCAAGCUCUUCUGUAAAGUCCAUGAAGCCCCCAUCUGUGUGGUGUGUGACAGAUCCAGGAUACAUGAAAAUCACAAGGUGAUUCCUCUGAAGGAGGCUUUGGAGGAAUACAAGGUAGGAGAUCCCUGGAUCUUGAGGGGAAGAAAUAGCUUUGGAUUCUUCUUUUUAAUUCUCAGAUCCAAAUUAGGCAUGGCAUUAAGUGGUGGUUGUUUGUUAUGUAAAAGCAGCCAAGGGGAAGCCUGAGGGCUCCUGGGAUGGCUGGGAGGAGGAACUUGAAGUCUUUCUCUGCUGGGUGUGACAAAGGGACCUUUCCUUGAAAUAAUCACAGCAACUUCAAAAAUUUGAACUGGUACCAUGGUGGGGAGAGAAAGGGUUAACCUCAUCCACAUCCCCCAGCAAGGUUGCUUUGUACUUAUUAAGAACACUACAAAUGUAAAUUGCACAUACACAACUAAGUACAUGUCUCCUUUAGCUAUCAGGAUGCUUCCUCAAUGCCCUGCAAAGCAGAGAGCAGCAAGGGGUCAGCUGGGGGGAGGGGGGCUGAGGGCCAGGAAUUGACCAGAUGGUGCAGGAUCCCCCCCCCCCAAGUAUCUGUUGGAAGCAGAUUUAGGAGGGGGUGGUGGAAGAACCUACUGGUGGGGAGCAUGCUUAUUCUGGGGGUUCUGUGGGGCAUGUGCAAUGAGGUUUCAGCCGGGGGGGGGGGGCUGAGGAUCUCCUCCCACUCCAAAUGGCAAAGGACUCAAUGGUUCAGAGUAGCAUCUGCAAAGACAAGGGGAAAAGAUGACUUUUUCAUGGCAACUCGAAAUGGACCUGUGCUAUUAUAUAUAUAUGUAUACAAUGCCUUUUAAUUCCUAUUAAAAAAUGACUUGUUCUACUACUGUAGUUCAAAAAUGCUCCUGUGCCAUGCAAUGCAAAUAAUGUCAGCUCUGCAAGCAAGGGGUGACUUAAUUGGGGCCCUGAGCCCCACAGGGGUGCCGCAGAAAAGAUGUUAGUUGGUCCAGAAAGGUUGAAAACCUAUGGACUUUUAUUUCCUUCAGUAUAAUACUUCACAAGGCCACUGGGCGCAAGAAGCCAGUAUAACAUUCAUCAACUCUCUGUGUGUCUCUAUCAAACCUGAGUUUUUCAUUUUCUCUUUAGGGAGAGAUUUGUCGCCACGUGGAGAUUCUGAGGAAAGAGAGAGAGGAAAUUCUGGCCUAUCAAGCAGCCCUGGACAAGGAAAGCAAAGACCUCCUUGUAAGUGUCUCUAUUGUUACUAGGGAGGGAACAAUCACUUGAAGAGUCGAGUCAGGACGGAGGAGGGAUGGGGAAAUUUUCCCAUUUCAGCUUCUCUGCAUUUCUCAUUUUUCCAUUUUGUCUGCUUAUUCAUUUAUUAUUCUGAAAAGGAAUCAGAUGUUAGGGUAGCUACCUCCUUGUAUAAAUAUUUUAAUACAUACUUUACCCUACUUCCGUGGCUAGAAAAAAUGUUCCUUCCUUUAGGCUGUAUCCCUCUGCAAAACAGAAGUCAACAGAAACAGCAAUGGAGAGGGCCUCCCCUCAAAAUAAAGGUUUACUUCUUUAGUAACUGGAGGUUUCAUGUCUCCGAAAAAUCAGAAGUGUCCUCCCUGUGGAAUUCUCAUAAUUCUCUUCCUGAUGUUUUUAAAACUGACCAUCUUCCACACUCAGACCUCCUCUUUUAUUGCAGAAAUUAACAGAAACGGAGAGGCUGAAGAUUGUGGAGAAGUUCAGGGAACUGCACCAUUUUCUGGAAGAACAAGAAAAACGUCUGCUGAAUGAUGUGGAAGAGGUGGAGAAGGAGAUUGCAGGGAGAAGGGAUGAGCAGCUGGCCAGACUCACCAGGAAACUCUCCUCUCUUGAGAGGAUCAUCCAGGAGAUGGAGGAGAAGCGUCAGCAGCCAGCGAGUGAACUCCUGCAGGUAAGACGGUGGCAGGAGCAGCCAGAGGAUCCAGGAAAAGGCUGCCCCUUUCAUGUAUGCAAGGAGUUCAGGGGCUGAGGUGAUGGAGCCUCUAGUCAGGUUUGUAAUGGACAGGAAGACCCAAGAGAACUGGGAUGCUUAACUAACCAGAAUGCAGACUAGGGAUUCGUCUGUGUUCUUGAUGGAACGGGAGCUGAUCUUCUGCUCUUUGCUGAUGCUUUGUCUCCGAAUGCCUUUCAGCUGUGGGGGGCUUCGUCUAGGAUGCGUUCAGGCCUCCUUCCGACAUGAGCCAGUCUCUUGACCAAGCUUCUCUUCCCGCUUCCUCCACAACUUCUGGGUUGAUCCCCUUCCCCAUGGAUACAGAUUGGCCCAAAAUGGUGCUCAGUCACAGUGAGCAAAGAGCAAGACAGAGGGACUCAUCCAGACUGCUGCUUGUCCCACCCCUUUCCUCCAGGAAAACCCACUGUUUACUGCUGAAUUAGAGCAAACCUCAGCCAGGUUUUCUCCAGAUUGACGUUUGCUUUGAUGUUGCACUAAGGAGCAGGUUUUUCCUGAGGGAAAGCGGCAGGGCAAAGACAAAACCACUUGCACGUGUGUUUUCUGGGCACAGGAAAAGCAGAAGAGUCGAUGAGCCCAAAGAAACACUGAGCUGUUUUAUUCCCCCUUUGGAGGCAUUUUAAAAUUUCCAGAUGGAAAAUAGAAUUUGAAAUUUGGAGACUUCUAUGGAAGACAAUUUGGGACAGUGCCCUGGUAGGAUUAUCCUUUAGGCUUACUUAUGUCUGAAUUGCACAAUGCAAACUGGAUUAAAUUAAUAAAUUAUAAUCUAAGACAAGAGAUGGGAUAUAAUCUCUUGAACCCACAAACGUGAAAUUUCCAUAAAAUGUUGGUGGAUUUUCAAAAGGAUUCAAAAAAUUAAUUGCAAACUGAUGUAGAAAUGUGGAGAACUUGAUAUCGGCAAAAUUCAUAAUUUCAGAUUGGAACAAUAAAAACUGAGAGAAACCCAAACUGGCUGAUUCUGCCAUCCUUACCCAAAAGCUUGCCAUGUGCCAGGCAGACUGACAUCCAAGGGCCAGAGUGUUCCUCCACUCCAGGGUCUUCCUAGUGUGGCCUGUGGUGUGCAGUGAAUUCCCUUCUCUUUUCCCCUCUAGGAUAUGAGAAGCACCUUGGAGAAGUAAGUGGAUCUGGCUCAUUUCCAUUAGCAUCACUCCAUGAGGCUGGGAUGCAAGAACCUCAGACAUGGCCCUGCAGGGGGGAGAUUGUAGGCCUCACUGCCUGCAGCACCUCGCAGGUAAAAGCAGGGGACCCUAUUUUGGACUCGUAGCCCCCCAGUUCUCCCACCAAGGAUCAAGGCCAGAGCACUGCCUCCUCCCUCCCCACAUCACUUCACAAAGGGAUGGGGGCUCUUUUAUUUCUUGCACUUUCUAUUCAUGGACUUUGUGGUAAUUUCAAUCAUCUGAGGAGUCCGUAGUGAGGAAGAAUCUCCCCACUCACUGCCUGCCUGUCCCUCUGGGUUCCUCCAGCUGGCUUCCUCCUCUCAAUUCCUUUCUUUUUCUUUACCAGAAAUUGUGGGUUUGAAUGGGCUGAUAUUGUUUUUCUUUUCACCAGGUAUGAGAGAAGAGAGAAAAGAGAAGGAGAGCCAUUGGUUUUCCCUCCAGAACUGAGGAACAGGAUCUUGGAAUCCUGUGAUGUAAAUCACUUUGUGGAAGAUGUAAUGAAACAAUGGAAAGGUAAUGAAUAAUGGCUGCCAGGAUUUCACACUGGGAAUUCUAUCAAUGUCCCGAUUCACAUGGAACCUCACUUGUUUCCCUCCACACAAUCUGGAGAGGUUGUUUGGGGCUUCUUGAGAUUUGCUUGGAUUUCUCCCUCGUGAAGUGUGUUAAAAACGGCACCCGCAAGCACCCAGUCCCUCCUCCACCUCCUGCCCAGGCUGGUCUCCCAGCAGCAGAGCAAGGCCUGAGCCGCCUCUUCCUCAGAGUUUCAACCUCACCAGCCAUUUCUUGUGCUUCAGCCAUCCCCAUCUCCUCAGAGUUCCCACACUUCUUAUGAGAUCAGCCCCAUUCCAGGAGGGAAGACUUCCCAUUGCACGAGACCCUUGGAAUUACAUGGUAAAGCUCUGCUGAUUCUACCUCUGCAAUUUGGUUUGUCAGCAUGCUUGGAAAUGCAGCUUUUCCCCACCAGUUUAGUUGGGGCAGAUGUUAACCUUCCUCCAGCCCUCCAGUACAGAUCCUCAUUUUAUUUGUAGAUUUUGAAUGAUUGUAUUCUGCCAUUUUCUAGUAUGGUUUAGCAUUUCUGAUUUUCCCAUGGAAUCAUGGAAUAGUAGUUUGAAAGGAUUCCAAGGACCAUCUAGUUUCUACUCCAACCCCCUGCAAUGCAGGAAUCACAGCUAAACAUGCUAGUUGUUUUAAUUCCUUAGGCCUACAGUUGUUGUCUUUGCAAUUAUUUGUUCUGUCAUUUAAUCUUUUGUGUGAAAUAAGGAAGCAACAGAUGCUAUGUUAUGGUGAUGUUUUGUAAAAAGAUUUUUUUGGGAGCUGUUGCGGUGUAGCCCAUUAAGCCUGUCUUUUUGCUUCCUCAGAUCUUCAGUCAUUCAGAAAUCUUCAGAGAGGUAAAUUUCACAUGCAGACCCCAAAUCACAGGAGGGGGGACUAGUGUUUCAUGGGGGUCAAGAGACUCUUCUGUACAGCUUGACUCUAGCCCUGAUGUUUGUACCACAAAGGCAGAGAGGGUGGACUUGAAGGUGCAGAAGGGGGGGGGGGAGAAACUGCCCAGAAGGAUCAGACAGAGGAGGGAAAAGUUUCAUUCCUGCCUAGAGAGAGUUGGGUUGCUUUUCCAUGUGACCUUUUUCAGGCUUGGUUGCCACAUGUCCUCUUUUUCUCAGACAGGUCGUCUAUUUCAUGAUAAAAAUUUCUCCCCUGGCAGAUCUUUAAAAUUUGGCAAAAUGUCUCAAGUUUUUUUGUUUGGUUUUUUGGUUUACAGUAACCCAUGAAAUUUUUUCUCAUGCAUUAGACUCACAUCUAAGGCACCCGGCUAAGCUAGUUUGCGAUUUUCACUUGUGGGCACGAGGGCCCAGAACGUGACCCCCGCGAAAGUGAGGGGACGCCUGUAUAUGUUUUUAUGUUGUAUUUUUAUGCUGUGAACCACCCUGUGACCUAUGGGUGACAGGCAGUAUGCAAAUGUAAUUGAUGAUGAUGAUGAUGAUGAUGAUGGAGGAGCCCUCAUCUCCCAUCCCAACCUAAAGGCCAAUUCCCACAGAGAUGGUCAGAGGAAAGCAGCUUCUCUCCUCUCCUGCCUCCUCCAAUUCUCUCUUUCCCCUUCACUAGCACAGAUAAGAUGAGUUGGUUUUACUAGUUGGUUUUUUCUCUUAGAAAAUGCCUGGGUUGAGAGGAGGGCAGGCACAAUACACAUUGAAUAUAAGAAAGUGGAGAAGACUGAUUUAAAAACCAACAAGUAAGAUAUUCUGAUGAGAGUCUGCAAGGAGGAGUCUUAGUCAUGCAUGCGAUGGAAAGAAAUCCCAUUGACCUGAAAGGGAAUAUGGUUUUUUGGGGGUUUUCUUAUUAUUAUUAUCAGGAUGUCCAUUUCUGUCUCUCAGCUGACUCUGCCUAAUCUUCUCUUUCUGUCAUUUCUCCUCAAUAGCAAAUGUCACUCUGGAUCCAGACACAGCCCAUCCCAGCCUCAUCCUGUCUGAAGAUCAGAAAAGCGUAAGAUGGGGAGACAAAGAGCAAGACCUGCCUGACAAUCCUGAGAGAUUCAGCAGCUGGCCUUGUGUGUUGGGACGUGAGGGAUUCACAGCAGGCAGACAUUGCUGGGAAGUCAAUGUGGGAAGUGAGGAAGAGUGGGCUUUGGGGGUCACUAGAAAGUCUCUGAGGAGAAAGGGCCUAUUCUCCUUCAGUCCUGGGGGAGGGAUCUGGGCUUUGGAGAAUUGGGAAAGCGAGUACUGGGCCUUCACCUCUCCUGAUUACUCUCCUCUGUCCCUGAGGGAGAAGCCCAGGAGGAUCCGAGUGUCUCUGGACUAUGAAGGGGGACGUGUGUCUUUUUCUGACGCUGACUCAGGAGCCAAACUCUACACGUUCUCAGCAGCCUCGUUCUCUGGAGAGACCCUCCUCCCUAUCUUUUUUCUGUGGGGAUACCAAACGUACCUCAGUAUCUCCUGAGGAGACUAAAUCUGCCUCUCAGGCCAAGCAGGAGUUUCUCUCCAGACCAAAAUGACUGAUAUAAAAACAUUUACCUGCCAAGAGCACUUUCGGCAGUUUUUCCAGUCAAAAUCAGCAGACAUAACGGGGGGGGGGGGGGGUGUUGUUGCUUUGCAUUUUCCUUUUUCCAGAAUUCCAUCUGCAGUUUCUUCAAGAGAUAG